UUCAAACAACUAAAAAAGCAGGUACAAGAUAACUUUUUAUCUUUUACCGGGGGCAAAAUCAAUUCAGAACGUGCAGGAAGAGGAAAACACAAAGCAGAAUCUUCACAAAGAACAGGCGAGAAAAUCAAUUCAGAACAUGCAGGAAGAGGAAUUCAAAAAGCAGAAUCUUCACAAACAACAGGAUCUGAUGCUACAGACAGUUUAAACAUCGAUCAUUACGUUGUAAAAUCCGAAUUGGUUCCUCCAAAAGAAAAAUGUUUGUUUCAAUCUGACAAUUCCGAAAAAACAACGGCUGAGGACAAUAUUCAAAACUCUGAACAACUACAAACACAAGGAUAUGAUGAAUUGUACAGUAGCAAUUUUUUUGAAAUGCUUGAAAUACUUGGAUUGACUCACAAAUAUCCGGACAAAAUUACGACCAGAGACAUACUCACUGUAAAUCCAAACGACAACAAUGAGCAGGAAAAAGAACAUAUUUCUAUAAGUGAUAUUCCAUGGUUAGUUCUAAGGCGAUUGAUUUGUUCUAAUAGUGAAUGUAGGGACAUUACAGCUCCAAAUGAAUCAAUUUUCGAUGGCAUUUUUCAAUCAGACAAUGCAGUGUCCUUUAUUUCUCUCCAGCAUGACGAUAAACACGAUGUAAGUCCAUUGGAUAUAUUUUUUAUUAUUUUCCAAUGUUGUGAUCCAUUUUUGAAACAAAUGUGUGUACAAAAACUAUAUCUAUGUAAACUCGCCGUACCUUUUAUGUUUACGUUUUGUGAACCAAUGAAAAAGCAAAGGUCUGUUCUAUCAGUUUGGCCAUUGCGAUCUUUAGAAAUUGAAAAUAGGCAAAUUGAUAAAACUGAUGAACAGUGGCAACAAAAUAACAUACUUGAUCUUCCUACAAAUAUGAUAGCCUUUGGAAGGUUAGGUCGCCCCCGCUACUCAAAAUCAAAAUUGAUUAAUAGUAUUCUUUCAAAUGAGGGAUGUAAAACUUUUUUUAAUAUUGACUGUCCGUCUGGAAUGACACAAAAAUUUAUUAGUAACGGACAUAUUGAAAUGUUUUGGUUACCAACGAAUGGGGACAAAAAGGACAGAUUUCAAGAGGCAAUGACAUUUAUUAAUUUAAGGGGUGAUAUGGAGCAACAUUUUGAUAAAGAUAUAGUCAAAUUUAUCGCAAAUUUCGUAGAUGCCGUUAUACUAAUAAUUGACGUAGAUACAAUUUUGGAAAAAAGGAAAUUCGUUGAAGAUAUGCUUAAAAACUUACCCUCAGUAAUUCUAAUUUUUGCCAACCCCUUAACACAAGAUACAUUUAAAAUAAUACAGUCCUUUCAAAAUGACGUUUUGUUAUGUAAUCCAGAAAUACAUUAACGUGUAUUAAGCACACAUAAAGGUAGUAUUGAACAAAAUAUUGUUGAAAUGGCCUCUAGCAUAUCAGUGCAUAUAUCAAGUCAUAUUAAAGCAAAGUGCCCUAAGUCAUAUCAAACGCGUUUUUCUAAGUCAAAAACAGCAAACAUCAGAACUGAUGAGGAAACUGACAAUUGCAGGCUAGGAAAUCUUGAGUCAAUGAAAAUGAUUAAUCAAAUGAAAAAUGACGGCUGUUCAAGUAGUUGGAAGCAAAUUCUCACUCCUAUUCAAAGUAAUUUUUCAAAAAAGUUAGGACAACUUUUCAAAAUGCGUGAGCGAGAAAAAGACUUUGAAGAGGGCAACACAUUUGAUGCUGAAAUUAAAAAAGUGAGACAAAAUCAAACAAAGUCAAUAAGUAAAACUGUUAAACUUUUUGUUAGAAUAUUGACUGCACAUAGAGAUGAUCUUUACUUACUGAAGUAUUUCCUUUGCUGGUUACAUUUCUAUAUAGAAACGGAGAAACGUCAAACGUUGCCUCAAUUAAUGCUUAUUAAUCGACAAGCUUGGAGACAAUUAAAACUUCUAAAAAGAAACAAAAUAUGGCGGCAAUAAAAAAUCAAGAACAACUCAUUUCCGAAUUAGAAGAAAGAAUAGAUGAAGCAUCGUUUUCAGUAGACCAUUUCUUUCGUGAAAUUGGAAUUAUAAAUGAAACGUUUUUGGAACUUCGGGAAGACUGCACUAAAUUUGGUUUACCAUCAUUAAAUCAAAUGUCAAGUGCGGUGGGACGUCUAUUUGCUGAUGGACAUCAGUUGGAACUUAUAGAUGGAGAGAGUUUUUAUAUGCCUUAUAAAUGGAUUAAAGCUGUAGUCAAAGAAGUUGAUAAAUUCAUCGGAGCAGGCAAAGUUCUAGCACUAAGUGUGUUAGGAUUACAAAGCUCAGGGAAAUCAACAUUUUUAAAUACUAUGUUUGGUUGCAAUUUUUCAACAAGAACCGGUAGAUGUACAAGAGGUAUUCACGCCCAGCUCAUUGCAGCAGAUACUGGUAAAUUUAAAGAUAAAUCAUCAAAUUAUGAUUUUAUUCUUGUCGUUGACACAGAAGGACUUAGAUCACCUGAAAUGAGUAAUAUUCAAAAUGAACAUGACAAUGAGUUAGCAACUACAAUAACUGGAAUAGGAGAUAUAACAAUGAUAAAUAUAAUGGGCGAAAAUACAAGCGAGAUACGGGAUAUUCUUCAAGUAAUUGUCCAUGCUUUUUUGAGACUAAAAAUGGCAAACAAAGACUUAGAUAUAAAAAAGAGCUGUUCUUUCAUUCAUCAAAAUGUUGCUGAUACUUCUGCAUCAGAAAAUAUGAUAAGUGGAUUAAGUAAAUUAAUCCAAACUCUUGAUGAGAUGACAAAGGAGUCCGCACGGAGUGAAGGUAUUCUAAACGUAGUUUCUUUCUCACAGGUGAUUGAAUUUGAUAUCAAUGCGCAAGUCUGGUAUUUAAAAAAUCUGUGGCAAGGAAAUCCUCCCAUGGCAAGAGUGAAUACUGAAUACAGUAGAAGGGUUGUAGACGUCAGGUCCAGUGUUUUAAAAAAGGCGUUAAGAAUGGAAAACAAAAUAUACAAAACGUUAGACGAUAUAACUGAACAUGCCCAUAAUAUAUGGAAAGGUGUUCUUAAUGAGGACUUUGUAUUUUCCUUCAGAAACAGCAUUGAAAUCAAAGCCUACAUGGCAAUGGAACACGUUGUUCAUAAUCAACUUUGGCGUCUUGAAAGCUUGAUUCGAGAUAAAUUAAUAAAGAUUUCACAAAAGAGUUUUGCAAAUUGUGAUCAGGAAGAAAAUCUAUAUACGGUAGGUAACGCACUUUUUAAAGAUAUAAAUACUCUUCUUCUUGAAGAAAAAGCAAAAGCUGAAGAAGUUAUCAAUAAAUAUUUUGAAAAUGACAAAUACAAAGAUAUAAUUGUACAGUGGCAAACGAGCCAAAAAAGCAAUUUUGACUUUCAGUGUCAGCAAUUGGAACAAACUGUAAAAGAACAAAUACAGAAAGAUCUUGAGAAAAGAGAAAUAGAAAUUUUGACUGUAACUUGUCAUGAGAAACAGAAGAAGAGCUUCGAAAAAUGUCUAUGAAAGUUGCUAAUGAACAUAAAGGUGAAACGUUAAGCAAUGACAACAUAAAUGAGCUUUUUAAUAAAAUUUGGCUGUCUUUUGUGAAGAAGGUUAAUACGUCUUCUUCUAAUGCAGAGAAAAACAGAAAACCAAUGCGCGAUAUUUUUCACACCUGUUUAAUAAAUAUAUUUCAAAAAAAUUCCCAGGUAAUAAGAAAUGUUUUGAAACAAAGUAAAAACUUGACACCACUGCCAAAUUUAAUAAUUUUAAAGGGAUCAUUCCAAUACACAGGUAUUGAUGACAAAGAUAUAAAUUUUAAAUGGUAUCAAAAGGGAAUGCAUAAGGUUUUCGGUGGUACUCAUGUGAUGAGUUACAUUGAAACAAAAGUUAAUCAGGUCUUUGAAACAAUUGAUUUCAAGAUACAACAAUAUUGUCAAGUCAGAGAAGAAAUAACGGAAAUGUCUGUGAACAAACUAAUGCAUGAUUUAGCUAGUAAUGUAAAUGAUAUUUUAAAGGGGGAUAUCGAAUAUAAGUUUCAGAAGCCGUUUUAUGCAAAGAUUUAUGUUCAUGUAAGCAGACAUGCUCAUUCUGUGUUUGAGAAGCACAAUGAAAACUAUUUUAAAACAUAUGGAGCUGCUGCUUGUCUUGAAAAAUACAGAGUACAACAAAAGAUAAGCUUUGAAGCUCAUUUAAGCUGUCGUCUUUCUGAAGAUACCCUUUCAAAACUUUUUGUCAAUAUUAUAGAAAGUUUCGCUGAGGAAUGGACAUUACAAGCGCUUCCGAAUAAAGUAACAGAUGAGCUUUAUGCUUAUCUUCCUCCCGUCAAAAAUAGAGUCAUUAUUGAAAUAUGUACAGAUCUUUUAGAACAAAGCAUAUUCGAAGAUUUCAUCAAAUACAUACAGGCUCCAAAGGAGUAUGCAAGAACAUGGAUAACACAAAAAGCGAAUGACCGUUUAUUUGCACAAGAGUCAAAGCUAUAUUCAAAAUUAUCUACAUUACUAGUACAAAAUGUAUUUCUUGAAGUAAAUACAAGUGUACGUAAAGUAUUCAAAGAAUUAGAGGAACAAUCAAGUCUUUCUGUUGACCAAUGGGUCAAAUCAUUCCAAACAUUUAUGAAAGCUUCAGACUUUUCUAUUUCAACAGAUAGAUUUAGGAGUAUGAAGAACGAAACAGAAUAUAUUAGAAAUUUAGAAUUUUUUACAAAUGAAAUAUUAGACAGUUUGAAUAAAAUAGAAAAGAACGUAAUAUACCGAUUAAAUGAGGUUGAUGGCAAUUCUGUUCAAUGGUCACAUUCGAGUCCUAUAGAACGAUUAAUACAGAAAAUAUGGGGAUGUUCAGAACAGUGCGCAUUUUGUGGAGAGCCGUGUGCUAAAAAUGAAGACCACAAAGGAUCCGAACACAACUGUGUACAACAUCGUCCUUUAUGUUGUAUAGGAAUUCGUGCUUCGGAUACUGUAUUAGCUACUUUACCGUCGUGUGAAUUUCGCAUACAAUCAGAUCAAACACAUACAUGCGGUGUCUUUGGUUAUCAAUGUAAUUUUGGUGAACGAAAAGAGUGCGAUAAAGCGACACAUCGUUACAAAGAUUAUAAAACUUUCUUAAAAGAAUGGUAUAUAGCCCCAUCAGCUGAUAUGCAUGACACUUCCAAAUAUUGGAUGUGGUUUGUGGCGAACUAUGAAGAGAAGCUACAUAAAUAUUACGGGUAUGAAUUCAAAAAUAUACCUGAAUCCUGGUUUGAAAUCACAGCAACACAAGCAUUACAAAGCCUCUCAGAAAUAUAUUCAGCCUAAUUUAUAUUGAAUCUGCAGCGUUUAAAUGCAAUCUGUUUUCAUCUUCGUCGCAAAAUAAUGCGCUAACACAAUUGUUUUGCAAUCUUUUGUAGAUGCAAAAGAUAUUUUUAAUUCAAGUUUUAUUAGAUUUCCUACAUACGAACACUGGUUCUAGUUGUUGGAAACUAUAUUAAGACAUUUUUGUGCCUGUGAAAUAGGGGGUCAUUUUAUGUGCCUUUAUUUAUCUCAGAUGAACACAAUGGACAUUGUUACUUACAGUCACUUUGUACAAUGUUCAGUUCCAACACGAAAACAAAGACAUAGAUAAUUUCUAAAAAAAAAAGAUGUUCAUAUACAAAAAAAACCCUCUAAAUAUGCCAAGGUGACCGACGUUUGAGCAAAUUCAAAGAUGGAGUCUUGCACCAAAACAAUAAAAAUAGAAAAACAUCAAACGGUGCAAUAUUCUAAUAUUUGACAAAUAAAUGUUUUUAAAAAGAUAUGACAAACUUACUCUCAUCGGUGACCAUUAGGGUCAGUAAUCCUUGAAUAGUAGUAAUUACGUGUUUUGCGUGUCUUAAUCCAAACAAUCAGCACAUGUACAAACUUUACUUGUUGUAAUAUAUUAAAUUGAAAUAAGUAAAAUCCAUAUUUUCAAUAUUUUUGGUAGGGCUCUUUCUUUCUUUGCAUAUCUUUAUCCGAAAUUUCCAUAAACAAUUCCAAAAUGUUUCUAUUCUGUCAUCAAAUACUUUUGACAAUCGUAAAUUCGUAUUUUCUUUGUCUACUAUUUUAUAUCGGCAUAAAAGUAUACUGUAACGUCGAAAAUGGCUAUGUUAAACUUUCUUUAAUACAUAGCAAUCAUAUUCACUUGAUAUAGAUUAAAUUGCUGCCUUUGAACAUUAAAACUUUUUUCAUUCAGAUUUAUAAUGUUAGCUACUUCUUUGCAUUGCUGAUGAACACGUGCAUGAAGUGUAAUGUGAGUAAAAAUGAUAUUCCCAACGUAUUAAAGAAGGGACUAAUAAGUUUCCACCAAUGUAGCUUAUUGUACAAUAUAUAUGGUUAUAUUCUUAAAUUGUAUGGCUGGAAAAUGAGAGGUUUGUUAUCAACCUGUCAAAAUUGUUUUAAUAAGAAACUGGUAAUAACCAUUUUAAAAAUAUUUUUAUAUGAUGAAGUAAUAAAUUAAAUAUAGUAUAUACUGUCAUAUAUUAGUAUGGUAUAGUACACUGUGAUAAUAUUUGAUGAAAAAUUUAUGUCGCUGUUAAUUGAUGUUUUGUCGGUAAUUUAUUUCAUCGACAAAACAAUUAAAAUAGGACACAAUAUAUAGUUCAUAGAGUCAAAGAUAUUGUUAGGAAUGUUUUAGUCAAAUUAAUAUACCCAUCUAAAGGUAUGUAUGUAUUCUAUAAAAUCGUCCAAGAAAUUAGUUGUAAGAUAUAUAAACUAUUUUCAUUGCUUAAAAUUGUAACUAUCAUAAACAUUUAACAUAUAUGUCUGUUAUAGAUAAAAUUGUUCACUUUUAAUAUAAAUAUAUAGAUGAUAUUUGUUUGUUUUGCAUGUAAGAUUGAAAUAUAUUUUACUGAGAGAAAAUAGAAUAACUGGUGUUCAGGAAUGAAAUAUAUUUCAAUCUUAUAUGUAAAACAAUACAUUUUCUUUUUAUUUCAUGCUUUAGUAUUUAUUUUUACUGAUUUUGCCGCGUAAAGUCGCACAUUCCCCUUUAUGGCGUCAAAACAUCAUAACGUCACAUCAUCAAUUUUGAAAUAUAGUUCUUUUAAAUCUCUCUAAUUCUGUAACAUUUUUAAUAUGAUAAAUGAUGACAUCGACUUUCUUUUCUUGAAGAAGGAACAUUUACGUAUGACGGCAUUUUUCUUUGCCUGUUAUUCCAUUUAGUUAUGAUAUUCUUUAAUUUCAUCCGCAUUCAGAUAUAGCCCGGCUCUAGUGAAAAUUAUAUUUUAUAAAUUUCACUAGUGGUUUAUCAGAAAAAAAUCAUCUGAUAUAUAACAGUGAAACACUGGAAAGCAUGAAAUAAAUGUUAAUAUCGAUGACAUUUCUAUCAAUGUAACAAAUGGUGUUGUUUGAAUAAAUAAGAUUAGUUAUUUGAAACGUAGAAAUUAACAAAAUCUUGUUUUUUUCCUGAAAUUAUAGUGCUUAUGGUUUUAGCGUUGAUUUUAUUUUGAGUUGUCUGCUGGUUUUAAUUAGCGAAUAUAAUUCUUAUUAAUUAACAAAUAUUGUAAAUAGCUGACAAUUUUUAUUUGUUCUUUUUAUGCGUUUUUAUACGCGUGUGUUGCGUUUUAACGUUCGUCCUUUCGUGUGUCAGUGCCUCCCUACGUGUGCUUGUUCGUAUGUAUGUGUUAACAAUUACAUAAAUGUCUACAAAAAUGUUGUGUAUUGAAUGCAUUAUUAAAAAGAAGUAAAUUUUAUUCCUUUUUAAGCAUAUAAUAUUAAAUAGUAGAUAGAAGAAAAGCUUUACUACUGUGUUAUGUAAAAGAUUUUAUUCUUUAAAUUCUAAAGAUCUUUUUGUCGAACAUGUGUGUUUUCGCUUUUUCUUGUAGUCCGACAAAAUGCUACAUAAACUCGAAAUUGACAUAUGUUGUUGUGGUCUAGAUUAUCUCAAACCAAAAACAGUGGCAGGUUAUGAAAAGUAACAAAACAUCAUUUUCUCAUCAGACACUUAGGUGUUUUAUAUACGAAGUAUAUUUCAAGCAUACAUUUUUCAGAUUUUUUGUCUAAUUUUUUGUUUGCUUUUGCAAUGUGCUGUUAUUGCUUCCAAUUGAAUAAAACCGUUUGUAAGUGUACCGUUUUACAUUAAUUUUGUAUUCUUGAUAACUACGCAGUAAGAAAAAGGUAAACAUCAUAAAUAAUAAAAACUAGUUGAAGAAUGAAGUUUAUUAUUGAUUUAAAAUGUUAUGAUUUACUUUCCUAUAGUAUGUCACAGGAUCACAACUAACUGUCCCUUCGUGCUUUAAUUUGGUUACAUUUUUGGCUACGGGAACAUUAGGUAGAUGCGAUUUUUCAAAGAUGUCAUACGUUCCGUAAGGUUUAUUGUGGCUAUGAUUUUUUGCACAUCAGCUAGAGCUAGGAGAUAAAUGGACUAGUCAUAUAUAUGUACUUACGACGGUCGGUCCAUAUAGACAGCAUCAUCUCUUUAAGUUUAAGGUCAAUAACACCAAAACUUUCUGAGAUUGAUCCUUAGGAGAUCUUCUUUUAAAGUUGUUUAGAGCAAUAAUUUCCAUAAUAGCUCUUGUUGACCUACUUUCCUACUUCCUUGUUUAUCAUGUACAACUAUGAAGAAGGGCAUUGUACACAGAGAACAUUAACAAUAUAUUUUGCAUAAAAUUUGGUACAGUGACAAACAGUGUUCAUAUUCUUGUAAUAAACAAUAGCUUUCGCGGCUUUUACACAAAUAGCUGUCUGUCCUCUAUGUCCAAGACACACUUUUUUAUUUUCGUGUUGUUGUUGUUGUUAUUAUUGUUGCUGCUGUUGUUGUUGUUGCUGUUGUUGUGUCAAAUAAUAAUAUAAGUUAGUUUAUUUUAUGAAAAGAUGCAUGGCUGUUGAUUGGUAAUUUAAUAACCACCAUUUUUCUUAUUGUUGAUGUGUUUUGUGAGAAAUACGUAGACUUGGGCUGUUUGAAAAA